UCCCUAUUUAUCAAACCAAAUGGCACUAUACCACGUCUACCUUGGCCUCUCUCCACACACACCCCCUCCCCUUUUUAAAGUCACGAGACCACACUGUCCCUUGUUCUUCUUUAAAUUAGAGAGAAGGAGAUGAGUCCAGGGGUUUGGCAGAGAAACUGAUAGAGAACUUUCAAAGCUCCUUUUCUCCACCUUCACUCAACUAGCCUCUAUAUUGCAGUCUCAAACUGAAGUCAUAAUUUUCUAAAGCUUUAGUUAUCUUCCCAUCUGAAAGAGUGUUAACCUCACAUAUAUUUUUUUUUCCUGUCUCUCUGUCGGUACCAUGAGACCCGAGAACAACCCGUUAGACCUCAACAACUUGCCUGAGGAUUACUCUAGAGAUGGUAAACAAGUCCUUGAUGAAGGCUCUUCUUCUGGCUGCAAGAAAAAGAAAAACGGCGCUAAGGAUGGGAAAGAAGAGUGUGGUAAGGUCUAUGAGUGUAGGUUUUGUUCCCUCAAGUUCUGCAAAUCUCAAGCUCUUGGAGGGCACAUGAACCGACACAGACAAGAGAGGGAGACAGAAACACUGAACCGGGCUCGACAACUGGUCUUCAGUAGUGAUAACCUAGCCGCCCCUGUGGCUCACCUAGGCAGCUGCCAUCCAAUGGGAACAGGGAGCUACCACCCAGCAGGCAACAUUGGAGAUCCAUUUAGAUCAGCGUACACAGUACCAAGACUGUUCCCUAGUUCUUCAUCAACUCUCUUACCAGCACCAGCACCAGCACCACAACCUCCUCAUCAACCGUAUCUAUACACAUCUCCUUCACGCCUCCCAGCUUCCUAUAACUCACAGUAUCCUCAACAGCCCAUAAACGAUUAUUACAUUGGACAUGUACUCAACAACACUUCACAAACACACCCUUCCCACCAGAACAUGAACUACAACAUGAGUGCCUCAGAAUCCAAUUACACUUGCAUUGGUGCACCAGUAGCUCACGGUGGGUUCGGACUUGGUUCAAGCCGUAGCACGGAGGGAAGCGGUAGAGAUGGAUCACUGAGCAAUCAGGAAGAUGGUUUGAAUUGGGGAAGGAGCUAUGCAGCAGGAGGACAGCAGCAUUUGGAUCAUCCUUCCUCGAUCAAUCGGUUUCAAGAUGGGUUUUAAAGAUUGUUUUUUUUUUUCCUUUCUGUUUUUUCUUCUUCUUUUGUGGGAUUAAUGGCAGUAUUGAAUGAAGUAUACUGAUCAUCUUUGACACGGUACCCAUAGAGAGAAAACGAGAGGGACUUAACAAACUGACAAAUGGGGUCAUGCAAAGGAGAGAAGUUUUUGGUUUAUGUACAGGGAUUGGGGUCAGCCUUUUGAGCUCAUGGACACUCUCAGCUAGUUUGGCUCGGAGCUAUCUAUGAGGAUUGGAGGGGGGUAUAUGUUGGUGUUGGUGUAAUUGUACUAACCAAGUGAGAAAGAUAGGGGACUAUAGGCUAUAGCUUGUGAGGUGGGACAAGGAGUUAGAUUUGAACUGAAAGUUCCUAACCCCCUUUUGCAUUUGGACUUGAUUUUGCAUGGCAAUGAAUAGUUUAUUGGUUUCUUUUAUUUA